AUGCCGAAUAUCCUAAUGUGUUUUGAUGUCAUUUCAGAUAAUGAAGUGGAGAAACUCUGUAAUUUUCAGGCGAUUGUACGCCACCUGAACCUGAGCAAAGACAGUCUUAAGUACACUAUGAGCCGGCCCAUUAUAAACAACAGCCAUCAUACAAAUGUGUUGCUUGAAAUGAAACUCUAUGCCAUCCUGGAUAUGAGAGAAAUUGACCAGACCUUAAUUUCUUACAUUUGGGUUUAUUUGGAAUGGACAAAUGAGUACAUUAAGUGGGACCCAAAUCAAUUCUGUGGAAUUAAGGAUAUGACAAUUCCUACUGCAUAUUUGUGGAUGCCCGAUAUAACUAUUGUAGAGAUGACAGAGAAGGAUAAAGCCUCUCCGAGUCCUUAUCUCUGCGUCAACCACGAUGGUGUGAUCGAAUACAGGAAUGACCAGGUGGUGGUGAGCACCUGCAAGCUGCACGUGUACAAAUUCCCCUUUGACUUUCAGAAGUGCAACAUAUCCUUCAAGUCUAUUAUGUACUCUGAUGCAGAAAUAAAGUUACAGCCCGACAACAGCAAUAAAACAGUCACAGAGUGGUCUCGUGACUUUAUGCAGACACAGUAUGAGUGGCUCUUUGUCAACAUGUCAGUCACCAACAGAACUGUCAAUGAGUUUGACUUCAAUCAGCUUAUGGUUGUCUACACUAUUACCAUGAAGAGGAGGUCUGUCCUCUACAUUGCUAAUUUCUUGCUGCCAGUCUUCUUCUUCUUGGUUCUGGAUUUAGCCUCCUUCCUUGUAUCAGACAGUGGAGGUGAGAAACUUGGCUUCAAAAUCACUGUGCUGCUUGCUGUCACGGUGAUGCAGCUUCUCCUCAAUGAGAUCUUGCCCAGCUCUUCAAACAGAAUUCCACUUAUAGCUGUCUACUGCAUUGGGGGGUUUUCUCUGAUGCUGCUCAGCCUCUUGGAGACUAUUUUGGUGAUGCAUCUGCUUGACAAAGACUCUGCAGCCCAAGAUAAUGAGACAGAUGGAAUCCAAAACCUGUCAGAGAACUCCGGGGAAAAACAGGACAUAUUCAACUUUCAGAGCUGUUUUAGAGACAUAAAGAGAAGUAGUCAUUGUGCCUCUGUCUCUGGGGUAUCUGCUGAGGAAACACCAUCUGUGUCUUUGUCUGUAUCAUCUCUGACCCAAAAGGGUAGCAGCAGUAAACUGACAGAGGUGGCCUUUGCUCUGGAAAAAGUGUCAGAUGAGCUGCGGGAGACUGGGAAAACAGUGACUCUACUCAGCAGCAACAGGAAGUCUGGCUACUGGACAAGAAUGGUGCGAAAGGGCAGUGGUGUCAUCAGUGGACCUGUUGUGGCGCGGCAGGCAGCAGUAAACAGGUCAUCGGAGGAGGCCGAGAUGAUCAUUAAGUUUAAGAUCGCCUACAAUAUUGCCAAAGAAGAAGUUCCGUUUACUAAGUUCAAAGAUGCCACUUUUGUGGCCUUUUUUUUAUUACAGAUGUGUUCAGUGGUAUUAGUAAGUUUAGUCUCCUACUUCAAAGGAAUGAUGUCAUCCUACCACAGACUGGAACAACUGCUGGUGACCACAGAGGUAAUGGUUGCAAGACCCAAGCCUCAUGGAAGACUGUCAGAGUUCCUGACUGACAUGAGGCUGCAGAGGAGGCAGCAGGAUAAAGAAGGUGAAAUGGCAGUCUACAAAUUCCAGUCCUGA